AUGGGAGCAGGCAGAUCGACGGAGAAGUACCAAUGGCACGGGGACAAGUCGACCUCCGCCUCUGUCUCUUUUCCACUCUUUAUCAGUGGACCCUUGAUGGAGUCGAUGGAGAAAUGGCAGAGCGACAACGCAGCAGACGAUGAGCAAGACGAUGUGCGUGUCUGGGUGGAGAAGAAGGAAAAAGAGGGUGUAGGAUGGGCCAGGAUUGCUGCUGGUAAGAUCCCUGGUGAACUGCUUGUGCGGGCGAACAUCUAUAAAGACGGGUUUAUCAUACGAAGUGCUCCGUAUCAAACGGCAGACAGUCGAAGAGGAGAGCAGGAGGAUAACUAG